AUGCGGGACUUUGGGGGUCCACGGGUCUUAGAGGGACCAAGUUGGGGGGUCUUUGGGGGAUGUGGGUUUUGGGGGGCCCAACUCCCUCCGUCCACCACUAGUCCCACGAGCCCUCAGUCCACCACUAGCCCCACGAGCCCUCCAUCCACCACUAGCCCCAGCACUAGCCCCACGAGCCCUCCGUCCACCACUAUUCCCACGAGCCCUCCGUCCACCACUAGCCCCACGAGCCCUCCGUCCACCACUAGCCCCACAAGCCCUCCACCCAUCACUAGCCCCAUCAGCCCUCUGUCCACCACGAGCCCCAUGAGAACUCCGUCCACCACUAGCCCCACGAGCCCUCCGUCCACCACGAGCCCCACGAGCCCUCCGUCCACCACGAGCCCCACGAGCCCUCCGUCCACCACUAGCCCCACGAGCCCUCUGUCCACCAUGAGCCCCACGAGCCCUCCAUCCACCACUAGCCCCAUGAGCCCUCCAUCCACAACUAGCCCCACGAGCCCUCAGUCCUCCACUAGCCCCACGAGCCCUCCAUCCACCACUAGCCCCACGAGCCCUCCGUCCACCACUAGCCCCACAAGCCCUCCGUCCACCACUAGCCCCACGAGCCCUCCACCCAUCACUAGCCCCACGAGCCCUCCACACACCACUAGCCCCACGAGCCCUCCACCCACCACUAUUCCCACGAGCCCUCCGUCCACCACUAGCCCCACAAGCCCUCCGCCCACCACUAGCCCCACGAGCCCUCCAUCCACCACUAUUCCCACGAGCCCUCCGUCCACCACUAGCCCCACGAGCCCUCCGUCUACCACUAGCCCCACGAGCCCUCAAUCCUCAACUAGCCCCACGAGCCCUCCGUCCUCCACUAGCCCCACGAGCCCUCCACCCACCACUAUUCCCACGAGCCCUCCGUCCACCACUAGCCCCACGAGCCCUCCGUCUACCACUAGCCCCACGAACCGUCCGUCCACCACGAACCCCACGAGCCCUCCGCCCACCACGAGCCCCACGAGCCCUCCGUCCACCACUAUUCCCACGAGCCCUCCGUCCACCACUAUUCCCACGAGCCCUCCGUCCACCACGAGCCCCACGAGCCCUCCGUCCACCACUAUUCCCACGAGCCCUCCGUCCACCACUAGCCCCACGAGCCCUCCGUCCACCACUAUUCCCACGAGCCCUCCGUCCACCACUAGCCCCACGAGCCCUCCACCCACCACUAUUCCCACGAGCCCUCCGUCCACCACGAGCCCCACGAGCCCUCCGUCCACCACUAGCCCCACGAGCCCUCCGUCCACGAUGCCCCACGAGCCCUCAACCCACCACUAUUUCCACGAGCCCUCCGUCCUCCACUACCCCACGAGCCCUCCGCCCACCACUAUUCCCACGAGCCCUCAACCCACCACUAUUCCCACGAGCCCUCCGUCCUCCACUAGCCCCACAAGCCCUCCAUCCACCACUAGCCCCACGAGCCCUCCAUCCACCACUAUUCCCACGAGCCCUCCGUCCACCACUAGCCCCACGAGCCCUCCGUCCACCACUAGCCCCACGAGCCCUCAAUCCUCAACUAGCCCCACGAGCCCUCCGUCCACCACUAGCCCCACGAGCCCUCCGUCUACCACGAGCCCCACGAACCCUCCGUCCACCACGAGCACCACGAGCCCUCCGUCCACCACUAGCCCCACGAGCCCUCCGUCCACCACUAUUCCCACGAGCCCUCCGUCCACCACUAGCCCCACGAGCCCUCCGUCCACCACUAUUCCCACGAGCCCUCCGUCCACCACGAGCCCCACGAGCCCUCCGUCCACCACUAGCCCCACGAGCCCUCCGUCCACGAUGAGCCCCACGAGCCCUCCGUCCACCACGAGCCCCACGAGCCCUCAGUCCACCACUAGCCCCACGAGCCCUCCAUCCACCACUAGCCCCACGAGCCCUCCGUCCACCACGAGCCCCACGAGCCCUCCGUCCUCCACUAGCCCCACGAGCCCUCCGCCCACCACUAUUCCCACGAGCCCUCAACCCACCACUAUUCCCACGAGCCCUCCGUCCUCCACUAGCCCCACAAGCCCUCCAUCCACCACUAGCCCCACGAGCCCUCCGUCCACCACUAGCCCCACGAGCCCUCCGUCCACCACUAGCCCCACGAGCCCUCCGUCCACCACUAGCCCCACGAGCCCUCAAUCCUCAACUAGCCCCACGAGCCCUCCGUCCUCCACUAGCCCCACGAGCCCUCCGCCCACCACUAUUCCCACGAGCCCUCAACCCACCACUAUUCCCACGAGCCCUCCGUCCUCCACUAGCCCCACAAGCCCUCCAUCCACCACUAGCCCCACGAGCCCUCCAUCCACCACUAUUCCCACGAGCCCUCCGUCCACCACUAGCCCCACGAGCCCUCCGUCCACCACUAGCCCCACGAGCCCUCAAUCCUCAACUAGCCCCACGAGCCCUCCGUCCACCACUAGCCCCACGAGCCCUCCGUCUACCACGAGCCCCACGAACCCUCCGUCCACCACGAGCACCACGAGCCCUCCGUCUACCACUAGCCCCACGAGCCCUCCGUCCUCCACUAGCCCCACGAGCCCUCCGCCCACCACUAUUCCCACGAGCCCUCAACCCACCACUAUUCCCACGAGCCCUCCGUCCUCCACUAGCCCCACAAGCCCUCCAUCCACCACUAGCCCCACGAGCCCUCCAUCCACCACUAUUCCCACGAGCCCUCCGUCCACCACUAGCCCCACGAGCCCUCCGUCCACCACUAGCCCCACGAGCCCUCAAUCCUCAACUAGCCCCACGAGCCCUCCGUCCACCACUAGCCCCACGAGCCCUCCGUCUACCACGAGCCCCACGAGCCCUCCGUCCACCACUAGCCCCACGAGCCCUCCGUCUACCACUAGCCCCACGAGCCCUCCGUCCACCACUAGCCCCACGAGCCCUCCGCCCACCACGAGCCCCACGAGCCCUCCGUCCACCACUAGCCCCACGAGCCCUCCACCCACCACUAUUCCCACGAGCCCUCCGUCCACCACGAGCCAUACGAGACCUCCGCCCACCACUAGCCCCACGAGCCCUCCGUCCACCACGAGCCCUCCGUCCACCACGAGCCCCACGAGCCCUCCGUCCACCUCCAACGAGCCCUCCGUCCACCACGAGCCCCACGAGCCCUCCGUCUACGAUGAGCCCCACGAGCCCUCUGUCCACCACGAGCCCCACGACCCCACGAGCCCUCCACCCACCACUAGUCCCACGAGCCCUCCGUCUACCACUAGUCCCACGAGCCCUCCAUCCUCAACUAGCCCCACGAGCCCUCCAUCCACCGUGAGCCCGACAAGCCCUCCAUCCACAACUAGCCCCACGAGCCCUCAGUCCACCACGAGCCCCACGAGCCCUCCGUCUACCACUACCCCACGAGCCCUCCGUCCAACCCCCACGAGCCCUCCAUCCUCCACUAGCCCCACAAGUCCUCCGUCCACCAUGAGCUCCACGAGCCCUCAAUCCUCCACUAGCCCCACGAGCCCUCCGUCCACCACGAGCCCCAUGAGCCCUCCAUCUACCACUAGCCCCACGAGCCCUCCGUCCACCACUAUUCCCACGAGCCCUCCAUCCACCCCCACGAGCCCUCCGUCCACCACGACCCCCACGAGCCCUCCAUCCACCACUAGCCCCACGAGCCCUCCGUCCACCACUAGCCCCACGAGCCCUCCGUCCACCAUGAGCCCCACGAGCCCUCCAUCCACCACUAGCCCCACGAGCCCUCCGUCCACCACGACCCCCACGAGCCCUCCAUCCACCACUAGCCCCACGAGCCCUCCGUCCACCACUAGCCCCACGAGCCCUCCAUCCACCACGAGCCCCACGAGCAAAACACCCACCACUAUUCCCACGAGUCCUCCAUCCACGACUAGCCCUACGAGCCCUCAUUCCUCCACUAGCCCCACAAGCCCUCCAUCCACCACUAGCCCCACAAGCCCUCCAUCCACCACUAGUCCCACGAGCCCUCCGUCCACCACGAGCCCCACGAGCCCUCCACCCAUCACUAGCCCCACGAGCCCUCCGUCCACCACUAGCCCCACGAGCCCUCAGUCCACCACUAGCCCCACGAGCCCUCCAUCCUCAACUAGCCCCACGAGCCCUCCGCCCACCACUAGCCCCACGAGCCCUCCAUCCACCACGAGCCCCACGAGCAAAACACCCACCACUAUUCCCACGAGUCCUCCAUCCACCACUAGCCCCACGAGCCCUCCAUCCACCACGAGCCCCACGAGCCCUCAGUCCACCACUAUUCCCACGAGCCCUCCAUCCACCACGAGCCCCACGAGCCCUCCGUCCACCACUAGCCCCACGAGCCCUCCGUCCACCACAAGCCCCACGAGCCCUCCGUCCACCACGAGCCCCACGAGCCCUCCGUCCACCACGAGCCCCACGAGACCUCCGUCCACCAUGAGCCCCACGAGCCCUCCGUCCACCACGAGCCCCACGAGCCCUCCGUCCACCACUAGCCCCACGAGCCCUUUGUCCUCCAUUAGCCCCACGAGCCCUCCGUCCACCACUAGCCCCACGAGCCCUCCGUCCACCACUAGCCCCACGAGCCCUCCGUCCACCACUAGCCCCACGAGCCCUUUGUCCUCCAUUAGCCCCACGAGCCCUCCGUCCACCACGAGCCCCACGAGCCCUCCGUCCUCCACGAGCCCCACGAGCCCUCCGUCCACCACUAGCCCCACGAGCCCUACACAAACCACUAGCCCCACGAGCCCUCCGUCCACCACUAGCCCCACGAGCCCUCCAUCCACCACUAGCCCCACGAGCCCGCCAUCCACCACCAGCCCCACGAGCCCUCCGCCCACCACUAGCCCCACGAGCCCUCCGCCCACCACUAGCCCCACAAGCCCUCCAUCCACCACUAGCCCCACGAGCCCUCCGUCCUCCACUAGCCCCACGAGCCCUCCGCCCACCAAGAGCCCCACGAGCCCUCCGUCCACCACUAGGCCCACGAGCCCUCCGUCCUCCACUAGCCCCACGAGCCCUCCGUCCUCCACUAGCCCCACGAGCUCUCCGUCCACCACUAGUCCCACGAGCCCUCCGUCCUCCACUAGCCCCACAAGCCCUCCAUCCACCACUAGCCCCACGAGCCCUCCGUCCUCCACUCCCUACGAGCCCUCCGUCUUCCACCCUACCAGUCCUCCAGCCACCAGCAGGCCUGUAACUGUCCCCAGCCCUGUAACCAGCACCAGCCCUCCUGUCUCUUCAACCACCUCUGGCCCUACAAACACCUCUUAUACUGCAAGCCCUAACACGCCCAGUAGCACGAUUAGCUCUGCCAACUUUCCAAGUAGUCCGGACACCACCACCACCACCACCACCAGCACCAUCAACACCACCACCACUACCACUACCACCACCACCACCACCACCACCACAGUCACCACCACAACUUCCCUGCCUCCAGGGAACUGCCAGAAUGGGGGCACCUGGGACGGUUACAAGUGCAUCUGCCCUGACGGGUACUAUGGUCCCAUCUGUGAGUUCUCCAUCUGCCAGAACGGGGGCACCUGGGAUGGUGCCAUUUGCCACUGCCUCCCCAACUUCCAGGGCUUCGAGUGCCAGCUGGUCAAGGAGACCAUCGAGAUCAAAGAUGUGGUGGUGAACGCAACAGUGGACAUGGAGGUGAAGAUUGAAAACAGGGAUUUCAUAGGCGACCUCCAGAACAGGUCAUCCCAGGCUUUCCAGAACUUCGAGAGGGAAUUCAAGGAGCAGAUGGACAAGCUUUACCAGAACGUGAAGGGCUACCGAGGGGUGGAGAUCCACAGGCUGAGCAAUGGCAGCAUCGUCGUGAACUACACGGUCCUCCUGGAGGUGCUUGCCACCGCCAUGGCCGACAGCACGGUCAAGAGCAUCUCUGAAGACCUUGUCACCGCCAUCAACAGCUACGACGACUGCUGCCAGAGCAACGCCUCAUGUGGUUUCUGUUUCAACUCCAGCUUCACCAACGUCACCAGCUACAAGACUGACGAGGUUGACGCGAACCUGUGCGCCGGCCAAGUCCCGGAGGACUUUGAGGACCACUAUUCCCCCGUGGUGACGAUACUUGGAGUCUUCUGCAUCACCAGAUGUGACAAAAGAGCCGCCGAGCCCUACGCCUGUGCCCAUGGCACGUGUGUCGUGGAGCGCACGGGUCCCCAGUGCGAGUGCUCGGACCGGGCGGCGUUUUGGUACCUGGACAGCGCCUGCUCCUCGCGCGUCAGCAAGGUGGGGGUGGCCGUGGGGCUGCCCCUGGCCGCGCUGGCCGUCGUCGCCGCUGCCUUCACCGUCUUCUUCAUCAGGACCCGGCGGGAGAAGCUGCAGUAC